ACCAACCAUCAAGGAUUGAUAGUGAGCGGAUUCAGACAGCCAUGGAGUGGUGGUUGUGAGGAGGAGAAUGAGAAUUUGAGCGCGGCGGCGGCUGCGACGGUGCACAAGCGCAGCCAAGAGGAGCUACCCCGCGCCCGAGGUCAGGGGCGGUGGCCGAGAGGAGCUACCCCGUGUCUGGGGUAAGGAGCAGCGGCUGCACUUUGCUGGAACAGCCAUGAAGAGAGACCCCGAGUCCAAGCUGCUCCAAAGCAUGUAUCCACCCGGCUGCGCCAAGGUGAAGUGCUCCUGGCACCACUGUCUUCCCGGGCUGCUGCUGCAGCUGCUCUUGGCUCUGUGCUUCUUCUCUUAUCUGCGUGUGUCUCAAGACAAGCCCAAGCUCACAUGGGUCUCUGAACUGGGGGCCCCUUCCCAGGCCACUGAGGGGUCCUCCGCCCGCCCGCCCCUGCGUGUCCUGCUGUGGACGUGGCCGUUCAAUCAGCCAGUGGCUCUGUCCCGCUGUUCGGAGUUGUGGCCUGGCACAGCUGACUGCCAGCUGACUGUCAACCGAAGCGAGUACCCUCAGGCGGACGCGGUCCUCGUGCACCACCGGGAGGUCAGCAACCGGCCCCAGAUGCAGCUCCCGCCUUCCCCGCGGCCCCCUGGCCAGCGCUGGGUUUGGUUCAGCAUGGAAUCGCCCAGCAACUGCUUGAAACUGAAGGACCUAGAUGGCUACUUCAACCUCACCAUGUCCUACCGCCGGGACUCAGAUAUCUUCAUGCCCUACGGCUGGCUCGAGCCGUGGUCCGGCCAGCCGGUGGAGACGCUGCUCAACAUCUCGGCCAAGACCAAGCUGGUGGCCUGGGUGGUGUCCAACUGGAGGAAAGACUCUACCAGGGUGCAGUACUACGAGCUGCUGAAGCCACACCUCCAAGUGGACGUGUACGGGCGCUCCCACACGCCACUGCCCUACAAGCUCAUGGCCAAGCAGCUGUCCCAGUACAAGUUCUACUUGGCUUUUGAGAACUCCCUGCACCCCGACUACAUCACAGAGAAGCUGUGGAAGAACGCCCUGCAGGCAUGGGCCGUGCCAGUGGUCCUGGGCCCCAGCCGGGUCAACUAUGAACAGUUCCUGCCACCCAAAGCCUUCAUCCAUGUCGAAGACUUCCGGAGCCCCAAAGACCUGGCGCAGUACUUGCUAGCACUGGACAAGGACCACGCCAGCUACCUCAACUACUUCCGCUGGCGGGAGACACUGCGGCCUCGGUCCUUCUCCUGGGCCCUGAUGUUCUGUAAGGCCUGCUGGAAGCUGCAGCAGGAGUCCAGGUACCAGACGGUACCCAGUAUCGCGUCUUGGUUCCAGUGA